GGAACGCUAGUGUUGGCCCGGCGGCCGCGUUUAUCCGGUGGUGAUAAAAAAAAGUUCCCGAUAAAAUUGUUAAAAGAUGAUCGGCGAUUCUAGCACACAAUUGUGACACGAAUAUUGAAACUGCAAAUAUGCCUGGAAGACAGUCGCAUGGCAGGUCGCUAUUGAAGCAGCCCAAUACGAGGACAAAGUCUAAGAAGAAGUCGGUCGAUGCAUUUUCUGCUGCGCAGCAACAAAUUGGAGAGCGUCACAAAGUCAGACAAAGUCGAUUGGGCCAUGCUGAAGGUGGGAACAGACCUGGAAAGCGAAAUAGGGAUGAGGAUGAUGAAGAAGACGACGAGGAUGAAGAGUCUAGUGCGAAGAAACAAAAAAAGGGUCCAAAGAAAGGUCGAUUCGAUGAGCUAGAUAUUGACGAGGGAAGCGACAGUGAAGGAAACGCAUGGAAAAUGGGAGUGGUGGACAGUGAUGACGAUAGCGAUAUCGACAGCGAUGAAGCGUUUGGAGAGAGUGAUGAGGAGAAAUUUGAAGGAUAUGCGUUUUCAGGGAGCUCGAGUACCAAGAGUGCGAAGAAACAUAUUUCACGGAAUAAAGACCUAAACCUGGAUGAGGACGAUGAUGGCGAAAACUCGGGGUCAGAGUUGGAGGAAGGUGACCUAGGAGAGGGUGCGGUUGAUCUUGCAGAUAUGCUGGAUGCUUCAUCAGACGAUGAUGACGAAGAUGAGGCUGAAGGCUCGAACAAAUCUGGUUUCGACGAUGAGGAUGAAGAAAGCGACGAAGAGUCUUCUGCAUCCUCUGCCGACGAUGAAGACGAAGACGAUUCUACAGAUCCAUCAAAACUGGCGGCACUGCAAAAUCUCAUCGCGAACCUUCCGCAAAAUGAAGGCAAAGCCCUUGCAAAACAGCGGAGUGAUGGGGCAAGCGAAUAUGCUACUCCCUCGGACUUUGGUCUCACAUCGAAGAACAAACUUACAUUAGAGGACCUUGGUCUACCUAAAAUCAGUGACCCUCAAAUCAAAAAGUCUCUAAAGUUUUUAGAAACAGGCGACGGCAAGAAAAAGGUUGCUGGCAAGCUAGAAGUGCCCCUUGCAAGACGUCAACAAGACCGCCUCGAUCGCAGCGUAGCCUACGAUAAAAGUAAAGAAACCUUGGAUAGAUGGACGGAUACCGUAAAGCAUAAUCGACGAGCAGAUCAUUUGGUUUUCCCUCUGGCGGAUCCAGAUGCAGAUUCUGCACGCGCAAACACCCGACUUCAAUCAACAAUACAGUCUAAACCAUUUAAUGAGCUUGAAGCAACUAUCCAGAGUAUUCUUGAGGAGAGUGGACUGGCAACUGCAGGUGGUAGAGAUGACGAGGAUAAGAUUCGAGAAUUUGAGGAAUUAGAAAUGAACAAACUGUCGAUGGAGGAAGUGAAAGCUCGUAGAGAUCAGUUACGAAUGGCGCGAGAGCUCCUUUACCGAGAAGAGCUCAAGGCAAAGCGAGUAAAGAAAAUUAAGAGCAAGUCGUACCGCAAAGUCCAUCGAAAACAGCGUGAAAAGGAAGAGGCGAAAAAUAGAGCAGCUCUCGAGGAGGGAGGUUUCGUUCCCUCUGAAGAUGAGCUAGAGGCUCAGGACAGACGGCGUGCAACUGAGAGAAUGGGGGCAAAGCACCGAAAUAGCAAAUGGGCCAAGGCCACAAAAGCUAUGGGUCGGGCAGCAUGGGAUGAAGAUGCUAGAGAUGGAAUCACGGAAAUGGCACGAAGAGAGGAAGAGUUACGAAAAAGGGUAGAAGGACGGGCGGUGAGAAAAGAGUUUGAAGAUGACUCGGACGAAUCAAUGGCUGAUUCUGAUGAUCUUCUGAGCGACGAUGAAGAAAUGGAGCAGAAGCGACUACUUCGACGCCUGGAAAAGGUCGGGAAAGACAAUGUUAUCGAUGACUCCGCACCGGGUGCAAAACUGGCAAAUAUGAAAUUCAUGCGUAAUGCAGAGGAAUCACGCAGAAAGGCAAAUGGCGCUAUGAUAGAGGAAAUGCGGAAAGAGCUCGCAGGAGAGGAGAGCGCUAGUGGAGAGGAUGAAGACGGUGAUAUUGGGCGUAGAAUAUUUGGACCUGGGUCCAAAGCCAAAGAUGCUACGCCGAAACCACAGAAGCUUAAUGAAUUUGAAGAAGCUGCAGACUCAGAGGAUGAGGAGGGAAAUAUGGAUGUAGAGUUCACAGGGGUUGAUAAUGACCCGAGAACAGCUGCGAGCGCACCAAAAUCAAAGAAGACUAAUGGCGCGACCAAAACUUUUGGAAAUCCAUCUGCGGAGGAAGCAGAGGUAGCUACUGAAGGUGGAGCGUGGUCGAAGGUACCCCUCAAAUCCGGUAUGGUCAGCAAGAAGGAGGCAAACAAACGCAGACAUAAAAGCAACAACGCCAUGGAUGUCGAAGAGCUUGAUCUCUCACAAGCUGCUAUAAUGGCCAAGCAGCCCAAAUCAAAAAAGGCCAAGUCCAAAACAGCCCAGAUUCUCGAGGCUUCUGAUGAAGACAGUGAGGAUGAUGGUGCUAUUCACCUCCCAUUCGCUAUCAAAGAUCAAGAGCUUAUCAAGCGUGCUUUCGCUGGAGCUGAUGUUGUCGGCGAUUUUGAAGCCGAGAAAAAACAGACGAUUGAGGAUGACGAUGAAAAAGUCAUUGAUAAUACCAUACCUGGUUGGGGAAAUUGGGUAGGAGACGGCGUGAGCAAAAGAGAAAAGGCAAAGAAUAAGGGAAGAUUCCUUACCAAGUCCGAGGGUAUCAAGGAGCAAAACAGGAAAGAUGCAAAGCUUGACCGCGUGAUCAUUAAUGAGAAACGUGUCAAGAAGGUACGUAUCUCACCGCCGUUAGCCAUGAUUACAUUUGCUAAUGAAGAAUUCAGAAUGGCAAAUACUAUGCUUCACAACUACCUCAUCCUUUCGAGAACCGCCAACAAUAUGAGCGUUCAUUACGACUGCCAGUUGGUCCAGAAUGGGCCACUAAGGAGACUUUCCAGGACUCGACCAAGCCGAGAGUCAUGGUCAAGCAAGGCAUUAUUGCUCCUAUGUCAAAGCCUUUGUUCUAGACUGAUGGAUGUGGGGUCCAAAAUUAUCAUAAUUUUAAUAACAUGUGCUGUGCUUGCCUGUCAGUCCAAGAUCCAGGGUUAAGAAACACCGCACGUUAAGGUACCAUGUCCACUAACUUACGUACCUCAUAGAAACAUGUAUCACGAAAAGUUUUACUCGAGCUCAAUGAAAGAAAUAAAAUCGUAGCACGAAGCAUGUGCUGUUCUUGCCCAAUGGUUUUUGAAUCAGGUAUUGGACUGAUUUGAUUUGUGACUUUUCAAAACCCUAAUUACAUCUUAUAGCAAAUCCAACUUUUGUAUGGGACCCAAUCAAUAACUACUAUUAUUUGGAAGAGGCUGGCUAUUGGAUUCGCUCAAUGCAUCAAGCUAGUGUUUAUGGCUUAGUCGCAUCAUUGAACUCCUUGACCUUGGUAAAUAGUCAGAGUCUUUUGAGAAAUCUCAAACCUUACUUCUCUCCCAGACCAUUUGCGUAUUUGAUCAGCUGGUCUCUUUUACUUCUUCAUAAAAAUAAGGACACCCUUUAGUCUUGCCUCUAGAUUGCAAGGCUCCGAAGAGCUUCAUUCAAAACACCUCACUUUAUCUUU